CUAUUUAUAUAUAAAACAAUAUUAGGUAAUGGUUUAAAAAGAGAAGUUAUCAAAUUCUAGUGUUCCAGCGAAUAUAAAAAAUUAUUAAAAUAGUUGUAACAAAUGGAAACAAAAUGCACUGGAUACUAAAGGCCCCAAAUGUGAUUACUAUUUUUGGGGCUGUCGGAAACGAUGAGAAUAAGCGUCUUCUCGAAAAUGCACUAAGCGCAGAACAAAUAAAUUUUAUCUUUAAAUGUAAUAAUGGUUACCAAACUGCAAGAUGUGCCGUUUUAAUAACAGAUCAUAACAGAAGUCUCUGUACAGAUUUGGGUGCUUCUAAACUACUUGAUAUAAACGAUUUAUAUGAGGAGAAAGUAUGGAUAGCAGUGAAUAGUGCCAAUGUUUUCUAUAUGUCAGGGUUCUUUUUUCAAGUUUCACCAAGAAUUAUAAACGCUUUAGCGCAACAUGCCUUCAAAUCCGAUAAAACAUUUAUAGUAAAUGUUGGGGCGGCUUUCCUUACUGAAAAAUAUACCGAAGAAUUUAAGGAACUACUAAAAUUAACAGAUAUUGUCAUCUGCAAUGAAGAGGAAAUAAUUGCUUUAAACAAAAGCCUGCUGAACGAAACGAAACCGACUGUUAUUAAUUCAAUUAUUGCAAUUCAAAAGUUGGCUUUUGAUAAGAAAGACGAAAGAAUUAUUAUCGUUACCAGAGGAUCAAAAUCGGUGUUGGUAUGCAACACAAAAGGUAAAGUGGAUGAGGUAUUGGUCCCAAAGGUCCAUGGAAUUCGAGAUACUAAUGCUGCAGGAGAUGCAUUAGCAGGAGGAUUUAUAACACAAUUCGUAAAAGGAAAAUCUAUGAAAGAAUGUGUAAAUUGUGGUAUUUGGGCUGCAAGACAAAUCGUUCAAAAUGUUGGUUGUACGUUCAAUAAAAAUAUGCAAUUUGACGAUUACAUUGUAGGUAGUAAAUAAAGAUAAUAAUGUUGUGAUAUUUUGCGAAAAUUUUGGUGAAAUCAAACUUGAAUUAACAGCAGU